AUGGACUGGGGCAUGUCGGACAGCAGCCGCUCUUCGUCUCCUGGGAUGGCCACGCCGCAGAUUCCCAGCUUUCGAACAGAGGAGCUGAAAAGCUCCUGUCUGGAGCCUGGUCAGGACACUCUGCGACGAAAGCUCUUUGACAACAAUGACGACUGCACCGGGCCUGGUGCGACAGUGCGUGCGAAUGCCUGGCGUGAAAGCCACGGAGGUUCUGGCGCUGCCCCCGAGCAGGCGGACCUGGUCCAGGAACUAGCGAGAUCCCGGGAGCUCCUCGAGAAGGAGCGCAGUAUGACUCAAAAAAUCGUGGCUGAAAGAACGAGUCUUCGUGAGCAGGUGACAAAGCUUCAGUGUGACCUGCAGGCAGCUCGAAAGCAGCAUGAACUUGACGAUGUGGCCGUGCAUCAGAUGGCAUCGCACCUGGCAGAGUCCAAGCGCCGGGAGGACGCAGCGAGGUUGCAAGUGGAGCGGCUGUCGGCGGCCCUUGGAGUGCUUCAGGCAUCCAUGGCAUCGGUGGUGCGGAACUCUGGGGUGGCAGCACACUUGGACUUCUCCAGUGAACUGCUUCAGCUAAAGCUCAGCCACCGCAGGUCGGCAGUUCAGGCGGAAUCCAUACCUCCGGAGAUGAUUCUGGCACAGGCAUCGGCGACACAGACGGACUUGGAAGCAAUCACUACCAACCAGGAGCGAAGAAAUCGAUGGUGUCCUACACAGUGCUGGCGCGGCCUGAUGCGUCUUGUUCCCCAAAGACGCCAGACCAUCGACAGAUCUCUCCAGGAAGACCCCUCCCUGCAGCAUGUCCAGGCGUCCUUGUCAGAGCUUCGCUGUCAGAUGGAGAAGGCUCGGGCUGGACACAUGAAGUCUCGUGGCAACGACAGGCCCUGUAGCUGGCACUUGGUGAAAGGGAGUACCUUCUCCUGA